GAUCUUUACUUCGGUCCUUCCCUCACGUUUUCAAGAUGGCCGAGGACAAGCCCGAAGGUGGCGGCAAGAAAAAGUCUCAAAAAGACAAAGAAAAUCAACAGGCAAAUGCUGUUGACGAUGACACUGAUGACGAAGAAGAUUUCAAGGAUCCAGAGGGAUUCGUUGAUAAUAUUACAGAUGAGGAAUUGCUGGGAGACCUUUUACGACAAAAGCCCAGGGAAGCAGAUGGUGUUGAAUCUGUUAUAGUAGUAGACAAUAUUCCUCAAGUUGGUCAGGAGCGCUUAGAAAAACUCCAGAAUGUUAUCAGAAAAAUAUUUUCUAAGUUUGGAAAUAUAGUGAAUGAAAACUAUCCUACAGAUGAAAGUGGCAAGACGAAAGGGUACAUUUUUCUGGAGUAUUCCUCUCCUGCUAAUGCUGCUGAAGCAGUAAAAAUGGCAAAUGGAUACAAGUUAGACAAACAGCACACAUUUCUGGUCAAUUUGGUCUCAGAUUUUGACAGGUAUGUCAAUGUUUCUGAAGAGUGGGAACCCCCAGAGCAACAACCUUUUAAAGAUCCAGGCAAUCUUCAUCAAUGGCUUCUGGACGCCGAGUGUCGGGACCAGUACAGUGUUAUCUAUGAAGGAGGAGAGAAAACUGCUAUUUAUCUAAAUACACCAGGGGAGCCUACUUGUCUAGAUGAAAGAGUGCGUUGGACAGAAACCUAUGUGAGGUGGUCUCCACUGGGUACCUACCUGGCAACUCUACACCAGAAAGGUAUAGCUCUGUGGGGAGGGGAAAAGUUCAAGCAGAUCAUGAGGUUCAGUCAUCCAGGAGUUCAGCUGAUAGAUUUCUCACCCUGUGAAAGCUAUGUGGUUACAUUUAGCCCACUCCCAGGAGAUAGGGAAGAUCCAACUGCAAUUAUCAUAUGGGAUGCACGCACUGGACAAAAGAAGCGUGGUUUUCACUGUGAAAGCGCCUCUCAGUGGCCUGUAUUUAAGUGGAGUCAUGAUGGAAAAUACUUUGCUAGGAUGUCACAUGACACUCUUAGUGUGUAUGAAACUCCAUCUUUUGGUUUGCUAGGAAAAAAGAGCAUCAAGGUGUCAGGUAUCAAGGAUUUCAGCUGGUCGCCCUCAGACAACAUCAUAGCAUAUUUUGUACCAGAGGAAAAGGAUGUGCCGGCACGUGUUGUUCUGACGGAGAUGCCGAGCAGGGGGGAACUGCAGACGAAGAAUUUGUUCCAUGUUGCAGACUGCAGGAUGCACUGGCAAAAGAGUGGGGAUUAUUUGUGUGUCAAAGUAGAUCGCUACGCCAAAAAGAAAGAAGAUAAGGAGCAGGGGAUGAAAUAUGUGGGUAUCACAUAUUACUUUGAGUUGUUCCGCAUGCGGGAGAAGGAAAUUCCAGUUGAUCAUUUAGAAUGCAAAGAGAAUACCUUGGCUUUUGCUUGGGAACCAAAUGGCCACAGGUUUGCCUUCAUUCAUGGAGAAUCGCCCAGAAUAUCUGCUAGUUUCUACAUCAUGAGACCCAGUGGGAAAGUAGAAUUGCUGAAAACUAUGGACAAACAGUCUGCCAAUCACAUCUUCUGGAGUCCCAAUGGCCAGUUUGUGGUGCUAGCAGGAUUAAGGAGUAUGAAUGGCACUAUGGAGUUCAUUGACACAUCUGACAUGACAGUGAUGAACCAGGUGGAGCACUAUAUGGCCAGUGAUGUGGAGUGGGACCCCUCUGGACGCUAUGUGGUCAGUGCUGUCAGCUGGUGGGCACACAAGGUUGAUAAUGCCUACUGGAUGUGGAACUUCCAAGGUCGUCUGCUGUCCAAACAUCCAUUGGAGAGAUUCUGUCAGUUCUUGUGGAGACCAAGACCACCAAGUUUGCUCACUCCCGAGAUGAUAAAGGAUAUCAAAAAGAACAUGAAGAAAUACAGCACUCAGUUUGAACUGAAGGAUCGUAUGACACAGAGCAAGGCGUCAAAGGAACUUAUUGAACGUCGCAGAAAAAUGUGUGAUGAUUUCAACAAGUAUCGAGCCAAGUUGCAGGAGGUGGUAAGAAACCAGAAACAAGAGAGGCUUGCAUUGCGCGAUGGAAUUGAUACUGAUGAACUUGAGGCGCACACAGAAAAUUUUGAGGAGGAGGUCAUUGAAUUCUUGGAAAAAGUUGAAGAAAUCCUCAUCGGGGAGUAAUCAUCAAGAGCACCGCGUGUACUGACAUCUGCUCUCCAGGUCUGCCAUCUUUGAAAGAACAUCUGCCAUCUUGAAAAUUGGGGUGAAUCUACACACACAAGAAGAAUAUAUACAUAUAUCAUCAGACUUGACUAGCGUUUAUGUUGUCAUAUCUAAUAUUUAUUUCAAGCUUAUAGGCCACCAUUGGUAAAAAGUUGCUCGCUAGUAAUCAAAAUUCUACAAGUGGAUAUUUUUUGCAUACAUUGUAAUACUACGGAAUGGGCAGAAGAUCCAAAGUCAGUUUUAGUGACUGGUUGAUCAAUUUGAAGUUUACCGUUUUCCGUUUGGUCACUAAUGGUGCCAAUACAUUAUGCAUUAGCCUAUGCUCUAUGAAAUGUCAUGUCUUAAGCAAUGCUAGUAUAUAUGGCCACUUUUGUGGUUACUUUCCUGUACCUUAUCGACUGGAAGAUGAAUUUCUUUUAGUCAAUUUUGUGUGUUUUCUAGAUUCCCUAAAAUUAAACUUUAUUGUAGUAAAGAAAAAGAUCCUUUUUACUUUAUGCUUUAUGUAGUAGUUUAUGGUGAGAAAUGAUUCAAUAUUACAGACAUUUUUCACGAGCUGCUUUCAAUAACAAACCUGUUACAAAAAGAAAAGACCAGUAACAUUCUCGAGAUAUUGUAAAAUUCCGCAGUGUCAGUUAAAAAGAAAAAGUGAAACAAAAAUGAAUAAAAAGUGGAUUUGAAAUA